AUGUCGGAAACCUCGAAGAUCACUUCACAACCUGUUGCUCACAAUAGGCUCAAAGGUUGGCUAGGCCGCGAACGACGACGUGUCAAGAGCUCGCCCACGGAGGAGAACACGCCAAAUUGGAAUGACUGGAAGUCGUGGAAGAUUGAACGAAGCACAUUGCUCAUCUUCUCAGUUGUCAAUCUCGCGUUCAUUGGCGGCAUCAUAACGUUGAUUGCACUGUCCAACAUCAAACACGGCUUUGUUGGUGUCCAGAAUACUUCCAAAACAGUCGCCGGAGUCGACUGGAGAAUCAGUCUGACGUGGACGACUUUACCCUCGUUAAUCUUCCAGAUAUACGGACUCUGCGUUGCGGCUGUGGUCGAUGCUUUCGGGUUUCGGCAGCCUUUCAUUGAGCUUGCCCGCGAUGGAGGAGUCGUCGCCAGAAAGACGAUUGCCUUGGACUACGGGUCCUUUUUCCCGGUCAAGCGCGAAUACAAAGCUUGGCGCAAUGGACAUUGGCAUCUCUUCGUUGCCUUCACGCUAUCGCAGAUCCUCCGAGUCGGUCUUGGUCCGCUAGCGGCACACAUGCUGGUCGAGAAAGCAUAUCUCAACAACAAGACCGUGUCAUUGCUGCAGGAUUCUUCCUUUUACUCCACAACCAGCCUCAGCGAACCGAUUAAUUGGGAUCUCUCGCCCGUCAUAGGUGCUGCAUCAUCAACGCUGGUGUAUGGUGGCAGCUAUCCAAGGUGGUCCAACGGAACUCAUCUCUUCCUGAACUUCUCGUCUCCCCAGUUGCCACGCGGCAAUGUCUCUCAGCCGGGCAUCGUGGCUGCGACACAGGCGUAUUUUGCAAGGCUUGAAUGUCAAGACGUGACGGAUGAUGUUGGCGCCCACAUGAUUCGCAUCGAGGACAGUUCUAAUGGUAACGGGGGAACAUGGUGGCUGAAUGGUACCGACCAUGGCUGCUACUGGAGUACGAACUUCCAAAUCUCCAAUGGCUUCACGACAUACUUAAAGACUUGUUCAAACGUUACAUGCGGAGCCUAUGGUAGUUCGCUUUACAGCGGGCGUCUGAUAAUCAUUGGCGCUACCAAUGUGAACUUCAAAAAAACCUUGCCCACCGUCAUCAGCUGCAUACCGACAUACUGGAACUCGCAGGGACAGAUCAACAUGACCCUCGAUCAGGAUUCCCGAAAUCCCAUCUUUUGGUUCAGGGCAAACGCGACCACAGAGCUUAGGCCUCAAUGGUGGGAUUCCUUUGAGUCGCAACUGAAUCAAGUUACAUCCAUCGACACGACCCUUGCAGGAGGGACACAAGCCGACUCUGCCACCGACUUUGGGAGGGUGAUCUUGGACAACGCGCGCCUCAUCGACACAGAGAAAGCAUUGAGUGGAGAAGUUCUCACGAAGUCCUCGCAGCAGGUAUUCGCAACCGUGUACUCGCUCCUGGUCAAUGAUUUUAUGAUCCGACACAAGCAGACACCCACCUCUCUCAGCGGCCAGUUGACCUAUAGUACGAACCGACUUUUUGUUUAUAACAUCAUUAUCUCCAUCAUACUUGGAUUAUUGCUCGCUGUCGCCGCAAUGCUCAUCCUCAUCAUCCAAUAUACAGCAAGCCACUGCUCGAUGCUCCUCGAGGAGCCGAUCGGGAUCAUUGGGUACGCCGGGCUGCUGGUAGACAGCGUCGUCAACAAGAUCGCGGCGGCAAUCCGUGCCGGAGCAAACUACCAAGGCAAAACCAGAAAGGACGCCAUGACGGUCCUCGAUGCACGAGAUGGGACAGAUCCCAUGUUCGUUGCCACGUACCAGGGCGACCAGCGGGCAACUCGCAUCGCACUGCAGCCUUUGGCCUCGGAGAAUCAAUUCAUCGAGCAGCAUUUCCCAACGAGUGGAAAUGGUCAUGUCCAACCACCAGCACAACCAGAGGGUGGGGAUCUACCAGAGCCCCAAAAUCCCGCAUCGUCAGGGUCUCAUGGUAUCGAUCAACAACGGCAACGGAAUGCCGAUGCAGCGCAACCUCGCGAUUCCACCCAAGCAGAACCCCAAGCGGUCCAUCAAACGCAGACACGCGAUGACGACACGACGGAAGCUCGAUCUGCUUCAAAAGCCCAUCCACAGGACCCAGUUGAACCAGAGCCGAACGUGCAGCCGGAGCCACAUGAUGCUGCGCGGUCUUUAUCACAACCCGCAGCAGCCGGAUGA